CUUCUGCAUCUUGCUGAGCUCUGUUCUCUCCAGCACCUCCCAACCCCUAGAGAUCAACCACCUUGCUCCGCAGGAACAAGCCACCAUGUCUCGCCAGUCGAGUGUGUCUUUCCGGAGCGGGGGUAGCCGCAGUUUCAGCGCUGCCUCUGCCAUCACCCCAUCUGUCUCCCGCACCAGUUUUACCUCUAUGUCCCGAUCCGGGGGCGGUGGCGGUGGAGGCUUUGGCAGGAUCAGCCUUGGAGGUGCUGGUGGAGGAGGAGGCUACGGCAGCCGGAGCCUCUACAACCUGGGGGGCUCCAAGAGGAUCUCCAUCAGCACGAGCGGCGGUGGCUUUAGAAACCGAUUUGGUGCCGGAGGUGGCUUUGGCUUUGGAGGUGGAGCUGGGAGCGGAUUUGGUUUAGGCGGUGGAGCUGGUGGUGGCUAUGGGUUUGGUGGAGGCGCUGCCUUAGGGCUCGGUGGAGGCGCUGGCUUUGGAGGUGGCUUUGGUGGCGCUGGCUUCCCUGUUUGUCCCCCUGGAGGCAUCCAAGAGGUCACCAUCAACCAGAGUCUUCUGACUCCCCUCAACCUACAAAUCGACCCCACCAUCCAGCGAGUGCGGACUGAGGAGCGGGAGCAGAUCAAAACCCUCAACAAUAAGUUCGCCUCCUUCAUCGACAAGGUGCGCUUCCUGGAGCAGCAGAACAAGGUCCUGGACACCAAGUGGACCCUGCUGCAGGAGCAGGGCACCAAGACCGUGAGGCAGAACCUGGAGCCUCUGUUCGAGCAGUACAUCAACAACCUCAGGAGACAGCUGGACGGUGUGCUGGGGGAGAGAGGCCGCCUGGACUCGGAGCUGAGGAACAUGCAGGACCUGGUGGAGGACUUCAAGAACAAGUAUGAAGAUGAAAUCAACAAGCGCACCACUGCUGAGAAUGAGUUUGUGAUGCUGAAAAAGGAUGUGGACGCCGCCUACAUGAGCAAAGUGGAGCUGGAGGCCAAGGUCGAUGCACUCAUGGAUGAGAUCAACUUCUUGAAGAUGUUCUUCGAGGCGGAGCUGUCCCAGAUGCACACCCACAUCUCCGACACGUCCGUGGUGCUGUCCAUGGACAACAACCGCUCCCUGGACCUGGACAGCAUCAUCGCCGAGGUCAAGGCCCAGUACGAGGACAUCGCCAACCGCAGCCGGACAGAAGCCGAGUCCUGGUACCAGACCAAGUACGAGGAGCUGCAGCAGACAGCGGGCAGGCACGGUGACGACCUCCGCAGCACCAAGCACGAGAUCUCCGAGAUGAACCGGAUGAUCCAGAGGCUGAGAGCCGAGAUCGAUAACGUCAAGAAGCAGUGCGCCAACCUGCAGAACGCCAUUGCUGAAGCUGAGCAGCGUGGCGAGCUGGCCCUCAAGGACGCCAGGAACAAGCUGGCUGAGCUGGAGGACGCCCUGCAGAAGGCCAAGCAGGACAUGGCCCGGCUGCUGCGUGACUACCAGGAGCUGAUGAACACCAAGCUGGCCCUGGACGUGGAGAUCGCCACCUACCGCAAGCUGCUGGAGGGCGAGGAGUGCAGACUGAGUGGAGAAGGAGUUGGACAAGUCAACAUCUCUGUCGUCACAAGCAAUGUCUCCUCUGCCUACGGAGGUGGCGGUGGCUAUGGCCUUGGUGGAGGCCUUGGCGGAGGCCUUGGUGGAGGCCUUGGUGGAGGCCUUGGUGGAGGCCUUGGCGGAGGUCUUGGCGGAGGUAGUGGCGGUGGCUACUACUCCCAAAUGGCGGCCUCUACCGGCCUAGGUAGUGGGCUCAGUGCGGGGGGCUCUAGCUUCAGUUCAAGCAGUGGCCGAAACCUGUCUUUGGGCUUAGGCAGCGGCAGUGGAGGGGGCAGCGGCUCCAGCGUCAAAUUUGUGUCCACCACCUCCUCCACCCGGAAGAGCUUCAAGAACUAAGCCUGCUGCAAGACACUGCUUCCCUAGGGCAGCAACCGGCCCCUGGUGACCACUCUUCUAAGUGGUGGCCAAGCCAAGUUUUCUCUUUUACUGGCGUGUAGUCUAGACCAAGCCUAUUGCAGAACCACAGUCUUUGGUUCCCGAAAGGGCCCAAUCCCCAGUCUCUAGUUUCCUAUGCCUCGAUCCGAUGUUCUACUUCAAAUCAACCUUUCAGUCUCUACAGCAUGGUCCUUGAUAAGAGAAAAAUCCAAAGUUUUCCAGUAGCUAAACCAUCAAAACAGAGUCCCCACCCCAAUCCAAAAUUGUGUUCUGGUUCUGACUACCUCCAGGGUGUGUUCAAUA